GUCCUAGAUGACGAGAAUGUGGGUUUGGGUCAUAUUGUGGUGCGACAGAAGGAGGAAAUCCUUGCGCUACAGGAACUCAACGACAAGACGGGAACCAAAUUCGCGGAAGAAGACAAAGACACCAAGACCCGGCUCCACGUUUGGAAGGACAAGGUCAAUCUGCUGCAACAGCAAAUGAGGGAUGACAAG